UGACGUUGAAUCACAUUUAAGACUAAAUAAGGACACACUUAUGAAUUCCCUAUGGAAACUGAAUGUGGUAGACAUAGAAGUAACUCUGUUACAUGUCUGUCAAAUGGUUCUACAAGAAAACAAUGUAAGGAAGGAAGAACUUAAAAAGCGUGCAGUGGCUUUGAGACUUCUUGGAAAAGUAUUUCAGCAUACACAAAAUGCUGGAACAUCGAAAAAGAAGAAUGUAUUAGAGGAUUCUGAUGAGAGCAGUGAUGAUAGUAGCGAUGAAGAAGAUACACCUAGAACACUAAAUUAUCGGGCUCCUUUAUUUACGCAGGGCAUUGGCAGGCUCUUCAGGUGUCUGUGUAACCCAGCAUUUGAUGUAGAUGAUGAAGAAAUUGUCUACAAAGGAAGAUGAGUACAAGAAAAUCAUUUGUAAGAACUGGAAUUUAGUUUGUACUUUUAGCUCAUCACAUUUUCUAUUGGCACUUUGGCAAACAUUUGCCAGAAAUGUCAAUAAAACAUUGCAUUCAGGUGAGCAAAUCUUUCCUUUUUCCACCAACAGAUAGAUCUCCAUUCUCUCUAAUAUCUGCAUAUCAGGAACUAAGACAAUACCACAACUCAAUGUCUUCUUUAUUCUACUAAUUUCUCGUGUUAGGAGGCAUGUUUGAUGUGGAUAAUUUGAAAAUAAAUUUUGUGAAGAGUGAGUUCUUUCAGAGAA